AUGUCGACUCCAAGCGCCAACUCGCUCGCGAUGAUGGGCACACGCCCCGACUCGCCCAGCGCUAAAGCAUUUCGUGGCCACAUUCACGGGCCACCGACCUUUACGAGCAAGACGGAGGAGCGGGAAUUCGUCAAGUUUCGGUUGGCACAGGCCCUCCGCAUAUUCGGCAACCGCGGGUUUGAUGAGGGGCCAGCGGGACACAUUACCGUGCGCGACCCCAUUCGAACUGACUGUUUCUGGGUGAAUCCAUUUGGCUUGCACUUCAAGCUGAUUCAGCCCGCCGACCUUCUCCUCGUCUCUCACAGUGGCGAGAUCCAAGAUGCGGAGACGGGCCAUGCCUCACUGUGGGGCACCCGCUUCCGAGUGCUUAACACCGCCGCGUUCAUGAUCCACUCUGCCAUUCACGGCGCUCGGCCCGACGUGCUAUGCGCUGCCCAUUCGCACUCACCCUAUGGCAAGGCAUUUAGUGCCCUCGGCAAGACGCUGGACCCCAUUUCGCAGGAUGCGUGUGCGUUCUAUGGGGACCACGCCUUAUACACACAGUACAACGGAAUCGUGCUCGAUGAGCAGGAAGGCGCCGCUAUAGUCGAAGCACUUGGCAACAAGAAGGCCGCCAUCCUCCAGAACCACGGUCUACUCGUUGGCACUGCAUCUAUCGAAGGCACAGUGGCCUUCUAUAUUGCCCUCGAGCGCGCCUGUCAAGUGCAGCUAUUGGCAGACACGGCAGCCGCUGCAGACGGCGGGAAGACGGUGAAGAUAAACCCGGAACAAGCAGCUGAGACUGCAAGGAUUGUCGGCACCCAAGGCGCGGGCUGGUUUUCGGGCUCCAUGGAGUUCAUGGUUCUCGAGGCAGAGGAGAGGGUGACGUUCCAGUUUGCAGAGAAUAAAUGA